AUGGAUCGAGCUCGUAUACCAUUGUUGGAAAGGUCUGUAAAGGACAGAUUUACUCUAUUCCAGGGAGGUGCAGAUCCUUGGGUUGCUCGUAGUUGGUUGAAGAAUUUGAAGAGCACAUUCGGGUACAUGAAUUGUACGGAUGAGGAGAAAGUGGAACUGGCGGCAUAUCGCCUCAAGGAUCAGGCUGUUACUUGGUGGGACAUGCAGAAAAUGAUUUUUGGGGAGCGGCACGCCACUUGGUCGAUGUUUCGAGAUGCUUUUGAGAGGCAAUAUUUUCCUGCUACAUUUUGUCUAGCUCGGCGUCUGGAAUUUCUGAACCUCAAGCAGGGCGACCAUUCAGUGAUGGAGUGCAACGAGGAAUUCAGUAGACUGGCUGAAUUUUGUCCUCAUUUGGUGGCACAAGAUUAUCAUCGGAUGCAGUAG